AACCCCUAAAAUAAACAAAAAUGGUCUUCUGUGGGGUCCUGCAGAGUUUUGUGUUUUUUAAUCGUCAAGAGAAUCAAUCUUUUCCCAACUUUUGUCAUGUUCACUUCAGCCUGACAUUUGUGAUAAAUAUUAAGGAAACUCACGCCCUUUGUCAGUGCUCUCCAGAAAUGGGUCAGAGACUGGAUUGGAGGUUCCCUCCCCCGGUCUAUCAUCAAGACUUGGUCCGUCCCCCUGACUUGAAGCUUCAUGAUUUUUGGGACAGUGUCCAGGUAGCCCGCAGUUGUAAAACACGGCCUCUUCGUCUGCUGCAAUGUGGAAUGUAGUGUCGGGUCCCAGAGUACAGGGUCAAGGCAGUCAGGUGCAAUUCAGUGUCUCCUUUGUCUGCCCUUUUCUUCUUUCUGUCCUGCACGACACCGUCGCUGUGCAGCACAUAACGUUUCAGAUAAGUCAGCCUCAUGACAAACCAGAGUGUUUGCUAAAUGCUUCUUCCAUGCAGUGAAGGACAUCUUCAGCUGCUUCAUCAGGGCGUUGUUUUAUUGUCUGCAGGAUGGUGUUGACAGUGCGCUGUGGAAAUUGUUUUUGUAGUCCGAUGCACAGCACCUCAAAGGCCAGAUGAUAAGGGGCAUUGGGGUCAACUUUGGAGCCCUCAUUGUUAUGGUCCACAUUUCUGAGACGGACAUUGGGAUGUCCAGCCAGGCAGGCAAGAUCGCUGGGUUUGAUUUUUGUAGCCAUGCGUCGUAUUUCAGCACAGUGGGACACAUUUCAUUGCACAGGGUCUUCAGUUUUGUGGCAAACGUUUUUUCUGUUUAGUUGAGCAUCCAUGUUUCUGCUCUCUGCUGGGAGUGGACGUAGACUGCAGGGCGGUCUUGAAUCGGGCUGAUGACAAAGCUUUGCUGCUUUUCUCCCUGGGAGGAGGCGGUGCUGUCUUUCCAGGGUCUUGUGGGGCGUUGGGGUGGCUCUUCGAACCGGGGGACGGGAGUCCAAAUCCAGAUCUGCCUGGAGAGCCUGGAUCUCCACCUGGGGUGUAGGAAAAGGGGGUGAAGUGUCCCUUUGUCUUAAAGGGGAAAGGGCACCCACAUUGUCAGUGCGGCCCGCUUUUUUUUCUAUCCAUUUUUCAUCAAGCUGUGUUUGCACCUGUUUCAAUUGUUUUACACUAAAGCUUCCUCCUUUAGGAAAGUCAUAAUUCUGUUUUAAGCAUGCAAAACAGUCGUUCCCUUCCCUAAGAAGAGCCUAAGAGAUAUUUAUAAUCUUGCAUGUUGUGAUUUAAUGUUGAUUAUGUUUUAAGAAUUGUGAUGAUUAUGAACUAUUCAUAAAGUAUAAGAAUAAAGUGUAUUACAUAGUAACCUUAGUGCUGUAAGUAGGCCAAAGGUCAGUUAGGGUCAAGACAGAACGCAGGAAAUUGGAAGUGAACGAAGAAGGAAGUACAAAAAAGCAGAACUUAAAACUUGAGCAAGAGGAAUUUGGAGCAUUAACUCCAAAUGGCCACAGAGUAAACAAAAAAGGGAGAAGUAAGUCACUAAGGGUGUUGACCAGUACCGUUGAGAGCCUGAAAAGAGGAAGAAAAUGCUUCGUACCUAAUGGAGCAGUUGAAGUCAACUUGUGAUGCAGACAGAAGACCUACAGAGAACCGCGCCCUGGAGCCACAGAAAUAUAAAGACUGCACAGCUGGAAAGGGGAGAAGCCAACAGCCUUUGCACCUGGUUCCUGAUUAGACUCCCGUCCUCAACUCCCCUAUAGAGAUCUCUACUUGCUGCAACUGACUUGGUCGAUGGACUAGAAUUACACAGCAGAUAAGCUGAACAGUUCAGAGGACAACAAGAUACAUCUCACAUCCAUCCAGAGGAAGACUCUGCAGUGAUUAGCAACACAGAAUAAGGAAAGACGAGCAGCAGCUGAUGGUUAAAGAAGAGGUUCCUGAACUGAGCAGUUCCAGUUUGGACCAGCAGAACCUCACAUGUUCCCAGGUGAAGAAGGAAGAGGAGAAACAGUGGAUCAGUCAGGAUGCAGGGCAGCUUACUGUGAAGAAAGAAGAUGAAGAGAAACCUGGAUUGUCAGAGGUUCAUCACGUCGAAAGUGAAGACAGCAGAGAGACAGAAGCUCCAACCAGCAGCUCAGCUGAACAGAUGAAAACAGAACCUGAUAGGGAGAUCAGUGGAGGACCAGAACCCAACAGAGAGCUGGAUCCAAAUCAAAAUUUACAGCCAAAUAUUGAAGAAAGGCAUUCAUCCUCUUCUGAGACUGAAGACAGUGAUGAGAGUGAAGAUGAUAAUCUGUCAGGUUCUGGAUCUGAAAAUGAAGACAGUGAUGAGAGCGAAGAUGAUAAUCUAUCAGGUUCUGAAUCUGAAAAUGAAGACAGUGAUGAAGAUUGGAGGGAGCCCAGAACACGUCAGUCUGGUGUAAACAGCAAAGUGGGACGUAAAGCUGCCAAAAAGACCUUCAGCUGCCCUGACUGUGGUAAACAGUUUGUGAGGAAGCAGAUGUUCCAGAAACAUAUGGCAGGUCAUUCAGGAGAAAAGUCUUUCAGCUGUUCGGUUAAGAAGAAUCACUCUAGAGGGAAGCAAAAUGGUGAUGCACAGAUGGGACUCGAACCAGGCAGAAAAUCCUUUUCUUGUGAUGAUUGUGGUAAAACAUUUCAGAAACUGUACAGUCUUAAAUGUCAUAUGAGAAUCCAUCGUGGUGAAAACUUAGUUGUUUGCAAAGAUUGUGGUAAAAGCUUUCACUCUCAAGAACAUUUUAAAUAUCACCUGACACUCCACACAGGAGAAAGACCCUUUGCCUGUGAUAAAUGUGGCAAAACAUUUAGCCAUAAGUGUAGCCUUAAAAUGCACAUAACAAGCCACUCAGGAGAGAAACCAUUUCAGUGUGAGCUGUGUCAUAAAAAGUUUACUUCAAAUGGAGGUCUGAAGAACCACAUGACCAUCCAUAAGGGAGAAAAACCAUUUGCAUGCAGCAACUGUGGCAGAUGUUUCAGACUUAAGAGUGAUCUAAAAGGCCACAUGAUAACCCACUUUGAUGUAAAACCGUUUGUCUGUGGGUACUGUGGUGCCAGUUUUACUCGGAAACAAAGUCUGAUUUGGCAUGAUAGACUUCACACUGGAGAGAAACUCCUGUCAUGUGAUAAAUGUGAUAAAAAGUUUGCUCGGAAAUCUCACUUUCAAAGACAUGUCCUGGUCCAUGAGGGAAAGAAGAAACCUGUUUCUCAAAUCAAAAAGUUUUCUUGUAAGGAAUGUGGAAAAAAGUUUCUUGAAAAUUAUCAAGUAAAACGACACAUGGUUAUUCAUAUCAGAGAGAAACCGUUUAGCUGCAAUCUAUGUUCAAAGACGUUUGCACGAGCGGAAGGAGUAAAGAUGCAUAAUAAAAGAAUUCACUUUAAGUAGAGAUUUCACACUGAAACUUUAUGUUUGACAAAGUUUAUUUUAUGUCAAACAUAUUUGGAGUUAAAUAUGCUCACUCACAUGAGUGAGGCAUGGUGCCUCACAUGAGUGAGGCACCAUGUCAUAUGAGGCACCAUGAACCUUUAAAACUGAACUUCUUUGCAAUUUUCUGAGACACUGAAUUUUGUUUUUUCAUGAUCUGUAAGCUCAUCACAAUUACAAGAAAUAAAUGGCUCAAAUAUUUUACUCUCUGUAAGAAAUUCACUUUAGAUUCCUAUAUAAGGAAUUUAAAGUGCAAGGAAUUUACACUUAAUUUACACUUGACUCACUUAUACCUGAGUAAAGGUAUAAGUGAGUUUUCCUUCCUGAAAUAACUGACUAAUAUAUUCAACUUCCACUUUAAAAACAUCUGAAUGUUGUCUUAACCAAAUUACUCCAGCAGACGGCAGCAGUGAGACACAUGGCAGUGUGUGGUUGUGCAGAUGCCUGAGCAAAAUUCAUUUAAGGUCCAUAACUGAAUCUACCGGAGUGUGAGCUUUUCGGUUCACAGUGUAACCCUAUUUCCCAUUAAACAUUAGGGACGUGUGUGGACCAAAAUUACGAUGGAAAUUUGCAGAUCUGGAGAACAAUCCAGCUUCGUGUCCUUUAUGGUCACAAGAUCAUAAAUGACACGAGAGUUUUCUAAGCAACGUAGCACUAUAUUUAAGUUUAAUCAUUGUGUUUUUUUGUUUUUGGUUUAAUCGUAUAAAUUCCCGGCUUUUAGGGGGUUUAAGCUGUCCCACACAGACAUCCUUUGCUCGCACAAUUUGUGGAACAUGCAGCAAAGCAGACAAAUACAAUCUGCAUCACCUUUACUGGCUUUUUAAAAUGAACUCCUGCAGAGCGGCAAAGACAUAACAGUGUGUUGCUAUAAAGAGAUGGUGCCUGGAAUUAUUUGAUUAUCCUGCAGCUCAAAAUUCCUGUUGCUGUUGGAGGAUAUUUUGAAUCUAUAUUUUUACCAUUUAAAUGUUAUAUAUUUUUUUAGAUAUUCCAAAUAUUUUACAAGCAAUGUAUUCUGGCAUGUUUCGUAAAUCACACUGCAAAGAACAGUGUGUUAUACAACUUUGUAUUGUGUUUUUAUGAUGUAAAGCACUUUGAAAUGCCUUCUUGCUGAAGUGUCCUCUACAAAUAGAAUUUGAACGAUUGUU